AUACAGCCCACUUCCCAGGAAUUAGGCUGCGUGGACAAUUGCAACUGAAAAUACAAAUAUAUGCACGCAAGAAUUACUGGGCGUUGUUUCCACUUCACCCUUUUAAAGCCAAUUUAUUUAUGUAGCUAGCUUUAUUUCGAUUUCCCUACGUUAAUAAGAAAUAAAUGUAGCUGCAUCGCCAAGAGAUAGGCCUGUCUUUGAUUGCCAGCUCCUUGACUCUUUCAGCCCUCGCUAUGCUGAACAGGUGUUUGAUAUUCGGCUAAUCAGAGGCCCAUCUGUAUUCGCCGUAAAUUUUAAUUCACGUAAAAAAAACGUUCCAGAUCUACAGAAGCUUUAGCUGGUUACACGGAACUUGAAAAAUUAAUGUUCGAAUAGGAGCGCUCUUAAGAUUCUGAUUGUAUUUUAAAAUUUGAAAGCAAGCUUGGCCUAUCAAAGGCAAUACUUGGAAAACAAGACAAAACAAUUUUACCAAGAUACAUUCUAACGAAUCUACGCCAUUGUUAAUGGAAUACCCCGUACAUGUCACUGCUGCCGGUCAAAUUUCUUUCAACAAAAUAUUGGAGCUGCAGGCCCAGCCUAUAAGCGAAGAACAGGCCUGGGCACUCUGUUACCAGCUGUGUACCCUAUUAUCUGUAGAUCAAUAUGGGAGAAGAUGCGAGUACUACACGUCCGGUAGAAUGUUGCAACUCCCUGGAAUAAAUAACAUUUUACUGAUGAAUGACGGGAAUGUUUGUCUCAGAAUGGAUGACAGCAGCACAGACUACUUUGCCUUUGAGACUGAAGAUGAGAUGGUGGAUUACCUGGGAAGGCUGAUCUACUCCUGCCUAGAUUGGGGUCUGGAUAGCAGUGUGGAGAGGGAGCUAAAUGAGACCCUCGAGGUUCUACUGUGCCAGAUGACCAAGGUGAAGCUCAGCCAGAGUAUGCAGGAGUCCUUCCAGCCCUUGUGUACAUUCUCUGAGGUCAUCCAGGUCUGUGAGAACCGUCUUUAUGAACCGGCUCAAGCUGCACGUCACUACAGAGCCACCUGUUCAGCACUCUUCUCAGAGACUUUGGAACUGUGCCAGUACUUCCACAACGUUCAGCGCAAAGAUGUAAGCUAUGAUGGGAGGGGUCUCCAGCAAGAAAGUGUAUGGGGUGAUCUGACUGGUCUGCAGAAGCUCAUCAUUGAACCAGAAACAAGAACUGUUUCUCAGGAUGCAGCACGCUGGGUGUUUUCAUGGAAGCACUUGAUAGAGGACUUAAUCAGAGGGGUAGCACUCAGGCCAGUGGAAUGGUUAAACAUAACUGCUCCCCUUCCUGUUAAGCGCUCUCCUUUCCAGCAGCUCUUGGAUGACAUAAAGCUCAAGAGGUACACGCUCCGCAAAGUCCAGAGAAUUGGAAAAACAUAUAUGGCGUCUGGACAUCACGAGGCUCUCCUGAUGGCCAUCUCCUCAAGGCCAAAGUUGAAACCUGUUUUGGAACGGAAACUAAAGACACGGCCCAAAGCAGAAUCCAGUCUCCAUGAGCUGCUGAUGGGGGAAAUCCGAACAGCUAACCAACAGACACUCUUAUCUUCACACAAAAAGCGGUUUUCUUAUAAAGAUGAAUGUUUCUCACCCCUGAGCUGUCCAAUUCCCUAUGGUGAGGACACCACAACUAAAGACGACUCCUACCUGUUAAGCCCCAUUCCAACACUUGACCUUCAGGAGGCAGAGAUUGAGGAGGAGGCAUGCAAAGAGAGAGUAUUCCAGCAAGUCAACACUAGAGUGGAUCCAGAGUUGAAAUUCCUUCCUUCUCUCUCAUCUUCGCCACUGGACCCCUUCUGUGGCUCAUCAAGAAGAAAAUCUAGAUCCUGUUCACUUGGCAGCCACCUUGAAGUCUCCAAGCCAGAAAGGAGCUGUGCCAAGGUUAAUGUUCCCCUUACUAUUUCUGAUGUCAUCAAGAGGCGCCAGACUGAAAUGAAGACCUUGAAAACUGUAUACUGUGACAGACUCAGAAAAUGGAGGGUAUGUUCAAGUUGUUCAAAGAGAAGCCUUUAUUUCACCUGGCAUAACUGUUGUUUCCUUUGCAACCGGGUUGUGUGCCCUGAAUGUUGCAUGAAGAUGAACCUGCCCUAUAAGUGGUGUGUGAACUUGCCAGUGAGCUUUUUCAAGAAGAUUGUGUUGAACAAGGACUGCGAACAGGAUGUGUCUAACUUCUGGAGAGAGCGCUUGAUUUGGGAACAUACCAGGGUUCCUCUUGUCCUGGAGUCUCCUAUCAGAAAUGCAUCCCCCCUGCCUGGUUUAGCCAUGAGAGACUGGUACAGCCAAGACAUAUGUACAGAAUGCAAGGGCUUUCUGCUGGAGGCCUGCGAUUCUGUGUUCCGCCUGAGGCCUAUACCUAGCUCCAAGGAAAUUUGACCAACGCUCUCCCAGGAUGUCUGAAUGUUCCCCUCGACCGCUGCACCACCCAAACACCUUUUGCUUUGCCGUCAGGCUAGUUUUUCCCACUUUUGUGUAGACUUUUGUCACCACCUGCACCAUCAGCACUGUUCCUAAACCAAAGCAAUAUUUCCAUUCACCAAGGUGAUCUAGGGUUUGUUGCCACCAUUUGUUUAAGUAUGUUGUUCAACUGUGUGUAUUUAUUUAAAUGUGAUUUGCACAACAAACUUAAAAGCCCAAAAUCCUCCUCAUUGUUCCACAAAGUUCUCAGUUCUAUGUGUUUUGCAUUUUAUAACAUUUAAUGUGAUUUUAAAGACAUUUCUAUAAUCAAAUAAAUAUUCCUAAUAUAGA